UUAAUAUCGCCGUGGUUUUCAAUUUCCUCGCCUCAUCGUCUUCCACCUGAGAGUUUCGGACAAUCUUUGCCUGAGCUUCUCUUUAUUCUCUCAUCAGCUUCUUCAAGAAGAAACUCAGAAUUCCAUCAACAACCUCCUCACGCAUUUCCGUCUCUUUCAAAAUCAGGACUAUGGUCAGAGGAAGAGAUGCGUGUUGGGAGCACUGUGUUUUGAUUGAUCCAGCAAAACAGAAAGUUAGAUGUAACUAUUGUCAAAGAGAAUAUAGCGGAGGUGUUUAUCGCAUGAAAUUUCAUUUGGCACAAAUCAAGAACAAAGACAUAGUGCCGUGCACCGAGGUUCCAGAUAAUGUGAGGGAUGCGAUACGACAAAUCGUAAGAACUCCUAAGAAACAGAAAAAUCCGAAAAAAUCUACGGUAGAUGAUUAUGCAAUCAAUAAUGCUCCAGAAAAUAGCUCUUCAGAUAGUGAUGGUUUCCGCCCCAAUCCUGCAUCCAGUGGGCAAAAUGGUAGCACCUGUCCUCCUUUGUUAUUUCCACGCCCUUCACCUAGUGCCCAUCCCGACGUCGAGGAUGCUGAAAAGAAAAAGCAUGACUACGCUGAUAAAAAGAUCGCUUUGUUUUUCUUUCAUAACUCUAUUCCUUUUAGUGCUUCUAAAUCAAUGUAUUAUCAGGAAAUGGUGAAUGCUGUAGCGGAUUGUGGAGUAGGGUACAAGGGCCCAAGUUAUGAGAAUUUGAGAUCCUCCCUCUUGGAAAAGGCGAAAUGUGAAAUCGCUGAUAGCUGUAAGAACUUUAGGGAUGCGUUAACAGAAACUGGUUGUACAAUAUUGUCUGAUAGCUGGUCAGAUGGCAGCACCAAAUCCCUUGUAGUAUUUUCUGUUACCUGUCCAAAAGGCACGUUCUUUCUUAAGUCGGUUGAUAUUUCAGCCCAUGCCGAUGAUGCUCAGUUCUUGUUUGGGCUGCUGGAGUCAGUUGUUUUGGAGAUAGGGGUGGAAAAUGUUGUUCAAGUAAUUACAGAUAGUGCAGCUAGUUAUCUUUAUGCUGGACGACUUCUCAUGUCCAAAUACACUUCAUUGUUUUGGUCUCCGUGUGCUUCUCAGUGCAUCGAUAAAAUGCUUGAAGAUAUCAGUAAGCUAGAAUGGGUGAGUGAGGUAUUGGAGGAAGCAGGGACUAUCACCAGAUACAUAUAUAGCCAUGCAUGGGUACUGAACAUGAUGAGAAAGUUUACUGGUGGAAGAGAGUUGCUUAGACCAAGAAUAACUAGAUUUGUGACCCAUUUCUUGUCGUUAAGAUCGAUUGUGGUUGAAGAGGACAAUUUAAAGCAUAUGUUCUCACAUACAGACUGGUUAUCAUCUGCGUACAGUAGAAGACACGAUGCCCAAGCGAUUAAGUCACUUUUGUAUUUAGAUAAGUUUUGGAAGUUGGCACAUGAAGCCUUGAAUGUGUCAGAUCCACUUGUUAAAGUUUUGAGGAUUGUAGAAGGGGAUAUGCCUGCUAUGGGUUACAUAUACGAGGGUAUUGACAGGGCAAAAGUUCAAAUCAAGGCUUAUUAUAAUGGCCUUGAAGGAAAAUAUAAACCAAUUUGGGACAUUAUUGAUGAAAGAUGGAAUAUGCAGUUCCAGUCUCCCUUGCAUGCAGCUGCAGCUUUUCUUAAUCCCUCUAUAUUUUAUAACCCAAGUUUUAAGAUUGAUUUGAAGAUGAGGAACGGUUUUCAAGAGGCCAUGAUGAAGAUGGUUAUUGGAGAUAAAGAUAAAACUGAAUUCACUAGGGAACACCCUAUGUAUAUCAAUGCACAAGGAGCUCUCGGAAGUGAAUUUGCAGUUCUGGGAAGGACGCUCAAUUCCCCAGGUGACUGGUGGGCAGGGUAUGGUUAUGAAGUCCCUACGUUGCAAAAAGCUGCAUUACGGAUACUUUGUCAGCCUUGCAGUUCUUACUGGUGCAGAUGGAAUUGGAGCACCUUCGAGAACAUACAUACCAAAAAGAGAAACAGGAUGGAGCAAGAGAAGUUCAAUGACUUGGUUUUUGUACACUGCAAUUUGCAGUUGCAGGCUAUUACUCAAACUAGGGGUGGGAAAUCUAAACCAGUCAUUUAUGAUGAGAUAGAUGUUAGUUCUGAAUGGCCAACAGAGUCAGAAUCGUCAUCCGUUCUCUUAGAUGAUUCAUGGUUAGAGAAUUUAUCUUUUGAAUGCGUGGAUUGCCCUUCAGAUUAUGAUUAAGUUCAGAAAUAUUCAUAUUCAAUCAUGAUUUUGUACCAAUUGUUGUACUAUUGAAUGUAAGACUUGUGUCACUUAUGUAAUGCCAGUACCAUAUGGUUUCCCAGAAAUAUUAACCUUCCUCGCA